AUGGAAGCGAUGCGAUACGAUUUUCGCCUUGGCCUGGGCGCGGCGCUGCUGCAGACGGAAGAAAAUCGAGACGCGGCAGACUCGAGCGGACCACGCUGCAGCGCUAGACUUUCGAAGAAAGAAAAACGGAGACGGCGGGAAAAGGGUCGGGACAGUGCCUCGUGCCGUGCAACAGAAAUAGAAGGCGAGGGGCACGGGCAGAGGAACUCAGCCGAGCUGCAAGGCCAGGCAAACCAAGGCAGCUUUGACACGAGAGUCUCGCCUCGGGUUGUGAAGAACAAGGCCAAUUAA